AUGGGCGACACUGCGAACGCUCCAAGCAAAGAGCCAAAGAAGAAGGAACCAAAAACGAAGGAAGCUGGAACCAAGGCUGCCAAGCCAGAAAAGGCGGCCGAAAAGAAAGAUGAAAAGAAAGGCGUAGACAAGAAGGAUGCAAAGGACGGCAAGGCCAAGGCUGAGGAGAAGCCCAAGGCCAAGCCCGAUGAAAAGUCCAAGGCAAAGGCUGACAGCAAGCCAAAGCCCAAGACCGACGAGAAGUCGAAGCCGAAGCCCAAGGCUGACGAAAAGUCCAAGGCCAAGGCUGACGAGAAGCCCAAGACCAAGGGCGAUGACAAGUUGAAGCCCAAGGCUGACGACAAGUCAAAGGCCAAAGGUGAUGAGAAGCCCAAGGCCAAAGACAGCAAGGCCAAGAAGGCUCCUGCAGCAGCGGCCGAGGCCAGUGAACGAAAGGCAGCAGCAGCCACAGCAGCGGCCACGGCUGCACCUUAG